AUGAGCAGUGACCUUGCUGAACUUCGUCGUGAGUUUCGAGCCUUACAAGACGAGGUGCAUCGGCUAAAGGUUAAAGUGGAUCAGCAGAGUGAAAAGAUUCAGAUCCUGGAACAAGGUCGAGUGCUAGAGGUUGUCGAUCAUCUUCCUGAGGGCCAGGAGACCGUCCGAGGAUAUAGUGCUGGGUCUUCAGGUGUAAACCGUCCCGCGGAUCAGAUCGAGGAUUGGAACUUCAGGGCCAGCGUUGCCAAGGACAUCGGGCGUUUCCUCAAGGACUCCUUGGAGGGAAAGUUGCGAGCCUCUGGUCGCAACAGGAUCGGUUUAAAGUCCCAACUCUACAUCGUUGUGCGCGACGUGCGGGGCAAGAUCUACAUUGAUCCAGUGAAAGUCUUCCGCACUUGGAAAGCUGCAAAAGACCUUGUCGAGAUUGACGGCCGGGUUCACCUGGCCUUCCUCCUUAGAGGGAUGAGUGAUUCCGAAGAAGACGAGUCGGUUAGGAUCCGGAGCCGGCUUGUCUUUACGGGUGGACGGAUCGACAACAACUACAAGGUGGGGCUCCUGCCUUGUGGGGAAGAGGGAUCUACAUGCAGCAUCAUCGGGAUUGCCGAAUUGGGAGGGCGGAUCAUAGUCGCCAUCCCGCAUGCGGUGUGGAACCGGAAAGUGAAAUCACGGAAGAUAGCCAGCAACAGCCUCGGAAAGACUCUUUCUGUGGAUUGCGCUACGGCUUUCGAAGGGGCUCGGGAGACUCCUCGACCGGAGAUCUCCACCAAGGUUUGGGUAGGUGUCCUGAGUAUGGAGCUGGAGGAGAAGGUCCAGUACCUGGAGGAGACCCUGCCGACCUAUGCCUUCAUCAGUGGGAACCCGGAGGAGAUCGUGUAUCCGUACGGCAAGGCCCUCGUCACCGUAGCCGACGAGCACUUCGCGUUCAUGACAGCGGAGAGCGGAGGAGGAGGGCCCGGUAUAUUCAAACGUAUGGAAGCAGUAGAGACAGGGCUCUCGAGCAUCCAACGCCUCCUGGAGAACAUGCAGCGGGGCCAGGAGGAGGAAGAGCAACCUGUCAGGAGAAAGGAUCUUGGAGCACGAUCGAAAGCUGUUGCCGCUCCUGGGAAACGUCCUCUUCUGGCAGGCUUAGAUCCUGGAACCGUGGCGGCGGCGAGGGCUGCAGGGGUUGGCGAAGAUGCGCUUCUGGAGAUGUCCCGACUGGUUGGCAAACGGCACGGGCGACUUACCGAACCCAAGAUCCUGGAAGAGGUCGGUUUGGAAGACGCCGAGGCGCUGGACGACCCCGAGGAGGAGCUGUUCGGCGAUGCUGGCGAUGUGGACCAGGGGCGACAGAGCGGGAGUGUGGAAACAGCUGUGGUCCAGCUUACCAAGCUGGUCAGCUCCAUGGCCAAAAACAAGAAGAGCGAUCUCGAAAGUAUCCUGGAUCAAGGCGGGGGGUCCGCGUCCAGCGACGGGUCUGGAUUGGGAGGCGGACGGAAACAUGCUGCGGCUCACCGACUGCUGACAAAAGCUCUUCAGGACAGCCCGAAGCUGAUUUACGAGCCUUUGGAAGCGAACAUGGUCGAAGACUUUGGUGUUCAGCCCGCUCUUCCAGGUCACCCUUCAGGGCAGCCGAGUGCAAGGGCUUGGCUUUCCGCCCGGAGUCGGGUGAGCAACUUCCACACUCACGUAAGGUGGGUCUGGCAGGUUGCCGGAAUCUGGGACGAUCUGAUGGUGGGAAAUCAUGCGCGGGCCCGCGCACGGGCUGGUCUGCUGGUUGCUGCGGCCGACCAGGCUUCCAUCGACUCAGGCUCAUGGGCCCUGUCGACUGUGUCGCUGCUGGAGCCAGUCCCACCUUAUCAGGAUUUCGCCCGGCACUCAGCUCCCCAACCUGCGGAGGCGCAGAGCUCAGCGCUUUACGACCCUCGGUGGACGGAAGUCUUCCUCGGUGUCCUGAAGGAGCGGGACUCAUGGAACGAGACUCGGCGGAAGCUCUCUGGCUCGAAAGGCAGGGGGGAGGGCGACCCAGAGGACAAGAAUCGCCCCAAUCCAGGAAGGGGUCGGGGCAGGGGCCGAGGCGCUGCGGAGUCAGGCGCUGGAGGCCAGGAAAACAAGUGA